AUGUAUCUUUCGUUUUUUUUUAUUCUUAUAUUUUUCUCUUAUAGUCGCUCUUCUAUUUUAUUCAUUUUUCUAUUUUUUCUAUCUAUCUAUCUAUCUAUCUAUCUAUCUAUCUAUCUAUCUAUCUAUCUCAGUCUGCUCAUUAUCUAUCUAUCUAUCUAUCUAUCUCAGUCUGCUCAUUAUCUAUCUAUCUAUCUAUCUAUCUCAGUCUGCUCAUUAUCUAUCUAUCUAUCUAUCUAUCUAUCUAUCUAUCUAUCUAUCUCAGUCUGUUCAUUAUCUAUCUAUCUAUCUAUCUAUCUAUCUAUCUAUCUAUCUAUCUAUCUAUCUCAGUCUGUUCAUUAUCUAUCUAUCUAUCUAUCUAUCUAUCUAUCUAUCCUAAUUUCAUUAUUUAAUUUGUAUUUUUGUCUCUUUUUCUCUUUGCACUCAUUAUUUGCAUUUCUUAUUCCGUCCUUAAUUCCACCGAUCACUUCCAGCCACCCAAGCACCCGCCGUUUCCUUACUUCCUUAAUCCUUAAUGCCAGUCUAAGAUCCGAUGACAUUUGGCUUUAUUUUUCAACCAACAUCAGCAUUAUUCUCCCACAAUCUUUUCCUUCCAAAUACUUUCCGUUUUCUUCAGAAGCAUCAUUCUCAACAUUCGCCCCUCGCUCCCUUCUUUUUGACAAUGGCAAGCGAAAACACGUUUCGGUAGGGAAAGAAAUGAAGUGUGAGGAUCAGCUGUAA